UGGUGGACCAUUCCGGCUCGAAUAUUACAUUUUUUGCUACAUGUUGAUCACUACGAUCAUCUCCACUCAAGGCAUUUACGACGUUGUGAUGGGGCAGGUGCGCGAAAUAUGGUUCACCAUGUUUAUACUUCUGCUGAAUCUCUCCGCCUGGGCCUAUCUAAUGGGGACCAUUUCCGGCCUGUGCGUGACGGCUGACGAGUCGAUCGCACAGUCUCACGAGCUGAUGACUGCUGUUUCCCGCUUUAUUCAGCACAAUCCUAUGCCUCCCGGUGUGUCGGAGGAGUUGAAGGGUUAUUUUAACAUAAAUGCCCAGCAAAAAACGCAGUUGUCGCUGACAGAGCAGACACAAAUAUAUCAUAGCCUACCACUGUCUCUACAAGUUGAGGCUGCACGGCAUAUUUCCCGAGACUCUUUAUUGUGUGUCGAAAUUUUCACGAAGACCAGUGAGUAUUUCCUGGACUCUGUUUCUACGCUUUUAGACAUGGAACUCUUUGGGGUAGGCGACUAUGUGUACAAGGCGGACGACAUCUGCCGCUCGCUGUACAUCGUUGCUUCAGGUAGCGUGGAAGUAGGAAAGAUGAAUUCAGAGACUAACGAGUUCGAAGUCGACGAGAUCGCUGGGGUCGGCUAUGCGCUUGGACAGCUAGAGUUUCUCUUCGAUGUGCGAUACAUGACCUCAGCAAGAGUGUCGGGCGCGGACGAUGUGCGGGUUUUUAGGUUGGGUAAGGAGGACUUCACACGUGUCAUCAAAUUGUAUCCCAUGGAUGAGGACAUUUUGUACGAAAAUCUCUCACGCUUGGCGGACGAUAAGAUGGAAACCAGUUCGAGGGCACCAAGCACAGCCCAGAGCAUGUCCACGCACUCGCUAGACUUCACAGUCGUAGGCGGUGAUGACCUCAUGGAAAAGGCUAUGGAUAGCAUUGACAAAGCUAAAAAGCGGAGCAAGGAGCAGCGUAUCCGCUCUUUUUGCAAUGCGGCCGCCGAAGGGAACAUGGACAUCCUGCAGCGCCUCCUCCGGAGUGGUAUCGAUAUAAAUGGACGAGAUUGUAACGAGCGUACUGCACUAAUGCUGGCGACCUGUGCAGACAAUUUCGAGCUUGUCAAAUGGUUAGUCUCUUUGGGAGCAGAAGUGAAUUUGCGAGACAAGUUUGGGGGCUCCGCUUUACUGGAUGCCAUGCGUCAUAGUACACCCUUGCAUAUGGAGAUUAUGGGCUUUUUAAGCAAACAAGGCGCCGUCUUAGAACUGGACGAUGCAGCGGGAGAGCUUUGUCAGGCAGCAGCAGACGGAGAGAAAGAAAAACUGGCUCGGAUGCUUGAAUUGAAUACAUCACCAGAUGUAGCUGAUUACGAUAAACGUACUCCCCUACAUCUGGCUGCUUCAGA